AUGGCCGACAGCGGUGGCGGGGCGACCGACGAGCAGAGCCUGAGCGACCGGCUGGAGGACAUUCUGGCCAACCGCGACGGCGUCCCGUGGGCGCGCCUCGCGUGGCGUGCGGCGGCGCUGGAGCUCAGGCUGCUUGCGCCGGUCGCCGCGCCGGCGGUGGUCGUGUACGCGAUCAACAACGCGCUCUGCUUCUCCACGCUCGUCUUCUCCGGCCACCUCGGCAACCUCGAGCUCGCCGCCGCGUCGCUGGGAAACAACGGCAUUCAGAUCUUCGCCUACGGUCUCAUGCUGGGAAUGGGCAGCGCCGUGGAGACCCUGUGUGGCCAGGCGUAUGGUGCACACAAGUACGACAUGCUCGGCAUCUACAUGCAGCGCUCGGUCAUCCUCCUCACCGCCGUCGGCGUUCCGCUCGCGGCGGUCUACGCCCUCUCGCGGCCGAUCCUCCUCCAUCUCGGCCAGUCGCCGGCCAUCGCCGACGCCGCCCAGCUCUUCAUGUACGGCCUCAUCCCGCAGAUCUUCGCGUACGCCGCCAACUUCCCCAUCCAGAAGUUCCUGCAGGCGCAGAGCAUCGUGGCGCCCAGCGCCUACAUCUCCGCGGCGGCGCUGGCGCUGCACCUGGUGCUCGGCUGGCUCGCCGUGUACAGGCUCCGCAUGGGCCUCCUCGGCGCGUCGCUGGUGCUCAGCCUCAGCUGGUGGGCGGCCGUCGCGGCGCAGUUCGCGUACAUCGUCGCCGGCGAGCGGUGCCGGAGGACGUGGACGGGGCUGUCGUGGCGGGCGUUCUCCGGCCUGCCGGGCUUCCUGAGGCUGUCGGCGUCGUCCGCCGUGAUGCUCUGCCUCGAGACGUGGUACUACCAGGUCGUCGUCCUCGUCGCCGGGCUGCUUCCCGACCCGCAGCUUGCCCUCGACGCCCUCACUGUCUGCUUGACUCUGUUCGGGUGGAUGUUCAUGGUCUCCAUUGGAUUCAACGCUGCUGCCAGUGUUCGAGUUGGGAACGAGCUGGGUGCCGGCCACCCGAGGGCGGCCGCGUUCUCGGUGGUGGUGGUGACGGCGAUGUCGCUGGCCAUAACAGCCGCCAUGGCCGCCAUGUUCCUCGUCUUCCGUGGCUACGUCAGCUACAUCUUCACCAGGGGAGAGGCCGUGGCGCGCGCCGUCUCUGACCUUGCCCCGCUGCUCGCCGCCACCAUCGUCCUCAACGGCAUCCAGCCGGUCCUCUCCGGAGUGGCUGUUGGCUGUGGAUGGCAGAGGUUUGUAGCCUUCGUGAAUGUGGGAUGCUACUACAUCGUCGGCAUUCCUGUUGGUGUUCUGCUCGGCUUCAGGUUCCAUCUUGGAGCAAAGGGCAUCUGGGGUGGGAUGCUCGGUGGCACCUGCAUGCAGGCUCUGCUCUUGUCAUGGACUAUUUUUAGGGCCGACUGGAACAAAGAGGUGGAUGAAACGAAGAAAAGAUUGAACAAGUGGGAGGGACAGACCAGCUCACUCCUA